CACGCAGCUAGCGAGGAACAGGAAAAGACGUUAUGGCUCAUUUCUAGAAGAAUUAGAGGUCAUAGUGAUUUGAUGUCUUCUUCAGAUGGAGAGGGAGAUGGAGACACACUCAGCCACCAUGGCAAACACGUUGCAGGUGUCAGUGACCAGGAAAAACACUACAGACAAGGAGGAAGACUGUUUCUAUGACUGUGAGGACACAUUAUCUGUAGAAGAUACAUUACUGGCUGGAUACACUGACAUGAAACACACAGAGAUGUCUCAAAGUGAUAGACUUGACUCAGAUGCCAGGACUGAAAAAGACAACUCUGAAACGGAGAGACUGGGAAACAUAGAUGCCCCUGACAGAUCGUGUUUGGAUAAUACAUCAGCAGCAGACUUUGGGAAUGAGGACAGAUUGGCUGAAAAGAGGCAUUACUCAUUGGCAAAUGACCCAGGAUUUGGGGAAGACCAAAAUGAAGAACAGGAGAAAUGGGAGAGACUUGCAGAGGACUAUGAGAAGAUGGAUAGUGACUCAGAUUCAGAAUUUAAAGAGACGGUCAAGGUGACCGAGUAUGAUGAGGAAAACCUGCGUGAGCUAGAGAAAGACUUGACGGAAGAAGAGAAAGAAAGCAGAAGAAAGGAGAGCAUAGAGUUGAAGGAGAAGGGCAACACCCAGUUCAAGAGUGGCGAACAUGUAGAAGCUGAGGAGUCUUACACAGCUGCUCUGCAAGUGUGUCCUGUGUGCUACAGCAAAGAGAGAUCCAUCCUCUUCUCUAAUCGAGCUGCAGCACGCUUGCAUCUGGAUAAAAUGCAGGAUGCUAUCAGAGACUGUUCUAAAGCCAUAGAACUGAAUCCAAAUUAUGUCCGUGCCAUUCUGCGGAGAGCUGAACUCUACGAGAAGACAGACAAGCUUGAUGAAGCCUUAGAGGACUACAAGACUGUCUUUGAGAAAGACCCGAGCAUCCCUGCAGCUAGAGAGGCGUGUAUGAGGUUGCCACAGCAAAUUGAAGAACGCAAUGAGAAGCUGAAAGAAGAGAUGAUGAGUAAGCUCAAGGACUUGGGCAACAUGAUUUUGCGACCCUUUGGUCUCUCCACCUCUAACUUUCAUGUCAACCGAGAUGCCAACACAGGAUCUUACUCUGUUAAUUUUGUUCAGAAUCCAAAUAACAACAACAGAUAGCAAUCUAGCAUCUCUUUUAAAGAGAUAGUUCACCCAAUAAUGAAAAUGUUUUGUAAUUUGCUCACCCUAAUGUUGUUCCAAACCCAUAUGACUUUCUCUCUUCCAUGGGAAACAAAAAGAGAUGUUAGCUUUCUGUACAUGUUUUUGCCAUACAAUGAAAUUGAAUAGUGACGGAGACUCAUUCUGCCUAAAAGAUAAAAAAGGCAUACAGGUUUAGAACAACAUGAGGGUGAAUAAAUGAUUAUAGAAUUUCAUUUUUGGUUGAACUAUCUUUUUAAUCAAAUAAUCAUCAGAAGAGCUAACCAACUAUAAACCCAUUUAAGUGUUCGGUUACUCAUGAGCUUUUGAGUCACAUCCCCUAACUGCCUAAGAGCUUAAUUUAAGAAUUGUUUGUCACAUCAAGUGAUUUCAGCUGUUUCCAUUUGAUUUGACCAAUGAAAUUAUCUGAUCAUGUUUUAAAGUGGCUUUUGGCUUGUUUGUUUGUUUGAUUUUCUUUUGCCAUUACAUGUAUUUUAUGUUGGUAUUGAAAUGUUUUGGCAUGUCAGAAUAUAACAUGGCUAUUAGUGUGGAAGCUGGUGUCAGUGAUGACCACAGACUGUUCAUCAGUUCUAAAGAAUGAAGUAAUUGCCCCAUUACCCAAAUUUAAAACAAAUAAAACAUGCAGUGCUGUCUUUAGAUACCUGUGUUCAUAUUAAACCAGCAGUAUGUUGCUUUUUGUUGCAUUAAUUCAUGUUUGGUGCUUGGAUGCUCUGUUAUGCACAAGUAAUAAAUGCAGCAUGACGUAUCCAUAAGGAAGAACAAGGCAAACUUUUUGGUACAAGGCAACAAAAAAAAUGGAUGUUUAAUGUUAAUUUCAUUAAGAGAUAUACAUGUACAAUAAACACAUUUAUGCCCACAACUAUCAUUCUCAUAUGUGUAGUCAGUAAUGUUCUCAGAUUGUACUGAAACGCAUGUACAGUUGAAGUCAAAAGUUUACUUAGCCAAAUACAUAUAAACUCAGUUUUCACAAUUCCUGACAUUUAAUCGUAGAAAACAUUCCCUGUCUUAUGUCAGUUAGGAUCACUAUUGUAAGAAUGUGAAAUGUCGGGGGCCUUGGUAGCUCAGCGAGUAUUGACGCUGACUACCACCCCUGGAGUCGCGAGUUCGAAUCCAGGGCGUGCUGAGUGACUCCAGCCAGGUCUCCUGGUUGCUAGGGAGGGUAGAGUCACAUUGGGUAAUGUCCUUGUGGUCGUGAUUAGGGGUUCUCCCUUUCAAUGGGGCGCAUGGUAAGUUGCGUGUGUAUCGCGGAGAGUAGCAUGAACCUCCCGUGCUGUGAGCCUCCGCGGCGUCAUGCACAUCGAGCCACGUGAUAAAAUGCGCGGAUUGACUGUCAGAAGUGGAGGCAACUGAGACUUGUCCUUCGUCACCCGGAUUGAGGUGAGUAACCGCACCACCAUGAGGGCCUACUAAAUAGUGGGAAUUGGGCAUUCCAAAUUGGGAGAAAAGAGGAUGAAGUAAAAUAAAAAGUGAAAUGUCACAAAAAUAGUAGAAAAAAUGAUUUCAGCUUAUACAGUCCCAGUGGAUCAGAAGUUUACAUACACUUUGUUAGUAUUUGGUAGCAUUGCCUUUAAAUUGAUUAACUUGGGUUAAAUGUUUUGGGUAGCCUUCCACAAGCUUCUCACAAUAAGUUGCUGGAAUUUUGGCCCAUUCCUCCUGACAGAACUGGUGUAACAGAGUCAGAUUUGUAGGCCUCCUUGCUCGCACAGGCUUUUUCAGUUCUGUCCACAAUUUUUCUAUCGGAAUGAGGUUAGGGCUUUGUGAUGGCCUCUCCAAAACCUUGACUUUGUUGUCCUUAAGCCAUUUUGCCGCAAAUUUGGCAAAGUCAUUGUCCAUUUGGAAGACCCAUUUGCAACCAAGCUUUAACUUCCUGGCUGAUGUCUUGAGAUGUUGCUUCAAUAAAUCCACAUAAUUGUCCUUCCUCAUGAUGCCAUUUAUUUUGUGAAGUGCAACAGUCCCUCAUGCAGCAAAGCACCCCCACAACAUGAUGCUGCCACCCCCAUGCUUCAUGGUUGGGAUGGUGUUCUUUGGCUUGCAACCCUCAAACCUCCAAACAUAACGUUGGGCAUUAUAGCCAAACAGUUACAUUUUUGUUUCAUCAGACCAGAGGACAUUUCUCUGAAAAGUAAGAUCUUUGUCACCAUGUGCACUUGUAAAAUGUAGUCUGGCUUUUUUAUGGUGGAUUUAGAGCAGUGACUUCUUCCUAGCUGAGCAGCCUUUCAGGUUAUGUUGAUAUAGGAUUCGUUUUACUGUGGAUAUAGAUUCUUGCCUACGUGUUUCCUCCAGCAUCUUUGCAAGGUCCUUUGCUGUUGUUUUGGGAUUGAUUUGCACUUUUCACACCAAACUACGUUCAUCUCUAGGAGGCUGAAUGGGUCUUCUUCCUGAGUGGUAUAAUGGCUGCGUGGUCCCAUGGUGUUUAUACUUGCAUACUAUUGUUUGUGCAGAUGAACGUGGUACCUUCAGGCAUUUGGAAAUUGUUCCCAAGGGUAUACCAGACUUGUUGAGGUCCACACAUUUUUUUCUGAGGUCUUGGCUGAUUUCUUUUGAUUUUCCCAUGAUGUCAAGCAAAGUGUCACUGAGUUUGACUCCAAUUAGCCUAUGAGAAGCUAAUUGCCUAAAGGUUUAACAUCAUGUUCUGAACUUUUCCAAGCUGCUUAAAGGCACAGUUAACUUUAUCACAAUUCCAGUGGGUCAGAAGUUUACAUAUAGUCAAUUAAAAGUGAAGCAAUCUGUCUGUAAACAAUUGUAGGAAAAAGGACUUGUUUCAUGCACAAAGCUGAUGUCCUAAACAACUUGCCAAAUCUAUAGUUUGCUAAUAUUAAAUCUGUGGAGUGGUUAAAAAAUGUGUUUUAUUGACUUCAACCUAAGUGUAUGUAAACUUUUGACUUCAACUGUAUGUACAACUGCAAGAAAGAGGAAACACAGCCCAGUCAGAGUGUUCCUCACUCAUUCACUCUUAAAUCCCUUUAUACAUGCCUCAGGUCUGUGCUAUGAAAUUUACCCCCCCACA